UUAGGAUUUUAGUAUUUUUAAUAAAUUUCUAGAAAGAAGUAAAUUAUAGACAUGUUUGGCCGGCAAUUUUCAAGGAAUUUUAAUGCAAUUCCUAAAAUCCGACAUAUUGUAUCAAAACAAGUUUCACAAAAGUCAGGAAACUUGUCAUCAGCUGCUAUGAACCUUGCAAAGCAUAAACCAAGUCUAAGGACUAGCAAGGUACUAAAGAUGACAUCUACAGAUGUAAACUCUAAUUUUAUGAAGCAAAUGGAAAGAUUCUCAAUUCUUCGUUGCUCAGUUGCUGGUAUAUCAACAAUCUGUCAAUCAAGUAUUUGUGUACCAAAUGUUGAAGCUGGUCUUGAAGGAUCUGAUGAUGAUGAGGAAGCAUGUCCGGUCAAAAGACAGUCGCUUCAUUUAAAGUAACAAACUUUUAGUAAAAGCUAACACUU